AUGGAUAAUUCGCAGGCUCAGGCGCAGGCUGCUCAAGCCCAUGCGCAGGCUCAACAGCCCAUGGUGCCGCAGCACUCGAAUCUAAUCCGAACGGAUCAAGUCCAGAAACUCCCUCAUUUGAAUGAUCAGCAAAAGGCACAGCAUACUCAGUUGGUUCGAAACCUGUGGGAAUUGCUCAACGGCCGCGAUCCGCAGAGUUCGGAGUACCAGCAGGCUCAUGCACGGCUCGCCCAAAUCUCCCAGACCCUCAUGAAAGGCAUGCGCGCCUUCCAGCAGAGUCGCCAGCUCCAGCAUCAGCAAAUGCAAGGAACCAACUCGGCGCAGCCGGGUCAACCGGGCCAGCCGGGCCAGCCGGGCCAGCCAGUACAACGGACGCAGUCUGUGAACCCUCAGACCUUCAAUCAACUCCUCCCGCAAAUCCAGCAGAAAGUCAACAGUCUGCAGUUCUUUCUUCCUCCCAAUAUCAGCAACGAACAGGCGCAGACGUGGCUGCCCGAGGCCAAGCUUCGCUAUGGGAUCGCUUUGCAGAAGCAGGAGAUUGGACGGGUUCGCAUCGCGGAUAUCCGUCAACAAUUCACCCAACGCCAGGGCGCGGGAAAUAUGACACAGGAAGAGGUGGGAGAAUUCAAGACCCGCCAGUUGGCGGCAGAGAAGCUGUACCGUGAGGGGAGCGACUUCCUCUCUAAGUUCAAAGAACAGCAAGAGUCAUUCAAGGCACAGCAACAGAGGGCUGGCGUUCAGCAGCAUGUUUCUGCUCAGCAACAUCCUCAACCAGGAACGGCGCCAGCGCCGGCGCCAACUGGCCCGAGCCCAGCUCCAGCAAGUGUUCCUGGACAAAUUCACCCAGGACAAGCUCCCACCCCGGCCCCGCACACCAUCAACUCGGCCGUCAACGCUGCGCGCAACCAGGCUGGACAGACUGCGAUGUCUCCGUCUACUUCUCAACCUGGUCAGGCACCCACUGUCCCCGGUCCCAGUCCGGCACCUGCCGUAGGCGCUAUUCCUCAGCAACCACCUAACCAGCAACCGCCUCUUCCACAACAAAUCCUACCUCCGGUCCAGCAGCAGCCAGGACCACCUGGCGCGCAGGUACCUUUCAAUCCAGUCCCAGGUCCUGUUCCUGACGGCUCCACUCCUACCCCGACAUCUCAGACAAUGAUUCAGGGACCGCCCCGCCCGUUGUCGCAGCAGGCUGCUAUGGCCCAGGCUGCUCAGAACUACUCCAACAACAACAUGAACACCAACAGCGUGCCUCAGCAGCAGAACAUGAAUCAAGCAGCUGCCAAUCCUCACGCGCAUCCUCAAGGUUACAACUCCAACCGUUCUACCGAAAACCCAGCACGUACACACACUAUGCCCAUCCCCAAAAACCUGAACGUGCCUACCCCAGAACCGGUGAACAUGGCACCGGCGCGCCCUACGCUAUCUGGUGGUCCUAGCCACGCGGCGGUAGGCGUUAUGAACCAGCCUGCGAUUCAGAAGCACCCUGGAUAUGUCCUUGAGGGUGAGGGUCAGAGAGUAUUGAGCAAGAAGAUGCUCGAUAUCCUGGUUCGCCAAGUCACUGGUGGAGGGGAGGGUGAAGGCUUGACUCCCGAUGCAGAAGAGUUCAUCCUCCAGAUGGCAGACGACUUUGUGGACGACGUGGUCACCUCUGCAUGCCGCAUUGCCAAGUUGCGACCCUCUUCAACCUUGGAAAUCCGCGACCUGCAGCUCGUCCUUGAACGCCAGUAUAACAUGCGCAUAUCAGGCUUCUCUACCGACGACCUCCGCACCGUUAAGAAACCUCAGCCUACGCAAGGGUGGACUCAGAAGAUGUCGGCCAUCCAAGCAGCCAAAGUCACUCAAGGCAAGGCAGAGUAAAUCCGUGCAACAGCCGCUCACACCUUUUCCGUGCAAAUUUCUACAGUCUGCUUCAGCCCGCUCAACUCACCUCCCAGUUGGAUGUGUUGUUCCCAGCAAUAAGAACAGGCCAACACACAGAAGUCACCUUUACGCAAGUUCACGCUCAUCCUCUCUUCUUCUCGUCUAUAACGAAGAAUCCUUCCUAUUAUUCCGGUGCUUGGUGGACUUCUCACUUGUUAUCUUCUUUUUGCCCUUAUCAUGAGAACAGGUUUCAUUGGCGUUAUCCGGCGGCGGCCUCGUUGUCCUCUGUUUUGCUUUCCACACAUCCUUCUUCGUCUUUUCAGCAAUAUUGGAUCAAUGCAGAUGCGGGAUGAUUGAACUCGGUUCCAGGUUGAUUUUUUCUUCUUUUUCACUGGUGGAAACCAAAAUUGCAUUCACAAGGGCGUUCUUGGGGG